GUUUCUUUCCCUGCCCAAUUUGCAUGGGCUCGCUACCCUCCUCGCCCACCCACCUCCGUGAGAAGGUGUGCCUGCCAGGCUGGGUAUGGCGGGAAGUGGGCAGUUCCUCAUUUGUCAGUCGUUUCAGCAAGGUUCAUUCGUGGAAGUAUUCGUGGUAAUCAGAUGUGCAAAAAAUGCGAAAUUUGGUGGUUCGAGACCUGGCGGAAUUUAGUGCAGGAGUUCCGCCAUGAAGCGCGCAGGCGCGGUUAUCGCCUUGCUCGCCGUAUGUCGUCUUGCAGGGGUGGAGAGGCAGAGCACACGACAGGCGGGGAGAGUAAAGGCGGCUGGCGGAAAGGAAGAUGUCGCUGAGUUCGGAACUGUACCGGUGCCUACGUGGCCGAUGAGAGGAGGAAAGGUGCUCUUUCCAUGAAUAUUCGCCACGUGUCUAUUGCCGGCAGUGAGCGGUCCCAUGAGUGCUGGCCACCGUCGUCUAAAAUUGUUUUCGAGCCGGUCAGACUCUCAUCGACCAGGGAAGGGGAGCUGUACAUUGUCCCAUGAGUGCUUGCCAUUCGCGAGCGCACACGUUGAGGCGCCAAGUGGCUCACUACCAGGUAACCCGUUCAUGUGGCGGUUUCUUCAUUCGCCGGCACAUUGAUUACCGUCUUUCUGAAUCAGACGUGCUGCAUCACAGAUCGGACUAUCCAGUGGACCGACCGAUUGUAUGUGUGACAUGACACAAUUUUUAUGUUUAUUUUGCUUGCUGCUCUGCUUGAUUGGUUGAUUGAUUGAUUAAUCAAUCAGUCUUCCGUUCAUUUCGACCCAUUUUGGAUCUCUCCUCAUCGGCAGGCUCACGGAAUUGGUGGGCAGGAAUUUCGGUUCUUUAUCGAGUGUUUUGGAAAUCUUCGGGUUAAUUAAUUAGUCUGCGAUCUUCAGUGAAUGCCCAAUUGGAUACGGGGGAAAGACUGUCCCUCGGGCAUCCGGUGGAGGGAGCAAAAAUUCAGAAUAGUUGGCAAUCCAUUUCCCUAGUCUCUGGUUUAGGUACAGAGGUUUAURGCGGUUGGAAGAACGUCAUGAGCUUURAGCUCUCAAAUGGUUUGCGCCMMGGAAUCCAAAGAUCGGUGUUUUGUAGCUGAGGCUGAAGAGGAACUGGAUUGUGAAGAGAGGCAAGCCAUCCUUCUGCACGAAGCCAUCAGGGCAGGCCAAUUGCUAAUCAUCCCCCUAUUCUCCCCCCCCCCCUUCCCCACUUGUCGCCUCGCAGACUCUUCUGCGGCUCUGCUCGACGAGGGCGCUCUCACACGGAAACUCAGGAGGGGUAUUGGUUUGGGACAACAGUGAAACGGUUUUUUAUGGUUUUGAGUUUUCGCGAGAGCAGAGAGAGAGAGAGAGAGAGAGAGAGAGAGAGAGAGAGAGAGAGAGAGAGAGAGAGAGAGAGAGGUCCGGAGAGGUGGGGUGGCGGGGUGGCGGAGAUUGGUACGGGUGCGAGAGGAGAGAGAGAUCGGGGGCUUCUGGGUUUGUGGAGGGGUGGCGAUUGUAGUGGUGUAGUGGGUGGGAGAAGGGAUUUAAUCUCGUAGAGGCAAGCUGGCUUCAGCAGGCAGGUCCCCCCCUAGAGUGGGGCCGUUUCGAAGGUUGCAAGCGUCGCCUGGGGAAUCACCAGAUAGGGGCGGGAUGGCGGGGAUUCGGAUGAGCGAAGAAUUAGAAGGUAUAGAGAACCAGUUGAAGGAUUUGUUUAAGCAGUUAAGUUCCGGCUUCCAGAAGCUAGAAAAACUCAAGGACCAGGGUCGUCAGGCCCGUCAACUUGAGGAAUUGACGGGCAAGUUGAGAGAAUGCAAACGCUUAAUUAAGGAGUUCGAUCGCGAGAUCAAGGCUCAAGAAGCGAGUAAUCCCGAAUCCCUAACAAGGGAGCUCAACGACACUAAGCAAUCGAUGAUCAAAGAACUAAACGGGUAUGUAUCGUUGAAGAAAACCUAUGCUUCUACUUUGGGUGGAGGAAGGGCGGGGUUAGGGAUUGAUGGAGGAGGGGAUGGUGAGGAUGGGGGAGAGGCUUUCCAGAGGAAGGCGGCGAUGAUGAGCACGGAGGAGCUGAAAGAUCAUGGCCGCAAAGUGAUGGACRAUACCGAUCAAGCGAUCGAAUCCGCUCAGAAGAUUGUCCAUCAAACUGUGAACAUUGGCGCCCAAGUGGCAAUCACGACGAAAGGCCAGACGGAGCAGAUGAAGAGAGUGAUCAACGAGCUUGAUGACAUUCAUUUCAGCAUCAAGAGGGCUACGAAGCUGGUGAAAGAAAUCGGUCGGCAAGUUGCAACCGAUCGAUGCAUUAUGGCAUUUCUGGUCUUGAUCGUGCUUGGCGUCAUUGCGAUUAUCGUGGUCAAAAUCGUGAAUCCGAAGAACAAGCAAAUCAGAGACAUUCCUGGGGUGACAGGAAAUUCCAGCAGGCGGCUUCUCUGGGAUAUGAUACUGGACUGACUUUGUUUGUGAGAUAGCAUGGAUAUGGAUGGGAUCCGUUUGCCUUGCUCAAGACUGAUAUGGAGGGAAGAGCAGGCUAUCGCGUGUCGGUUUGCUUCCUUGGUACUUCUUUUGAGGGAGAGGAGGCCAUGGAGGGAGGAUGGAGGACGGAUGACGGUAGAUUGUGCUUUCUACUUUUGACGGAGAGGAGGCGAGGGAGGCAAAACGGAGGAGGCUAUGGAGGGAAGAUGGAGGACGGAUGGACGGUAGACUGUGCUUUCUCCUUUUGAGGGAGAGCAGGAGGCUAUGGAUGGAAGAUGGAGGACGGAUGGGCUCUCGCUGUGUUUCUCCUUUUGAGGGAGGGGAAGAAGCUAUGGANCUUUUGAGGGAGAGCAGGAGGCUAUGGAUGGAAGAUGGAGGACGGAUGGGCUCUCGCUGUGUUUCUCCUUUUGAGGGAGGGGAAGAAGCUAUGGAGGGAUGAUGGAGGACGACAAAUGGAAAGUUGAUGGGUAAAUGGAGGCAAUGAAAGAUUGAUGGGGUAAUGGAUGCUUAAUGGUGAAAUGGAGGGUUGAUGGGCAGAUGGAGGAUUGAUUGGCAAAUGGAGCUUUUAUGGGCAAAUGGAUGAUUGAUCGAAAGGUGGAGGAUAGUUGGACAGAUGGAUGGCAGAGAGAAAAGCGUGGAAAUGAGGCUGGGUAGAGAUUGUCCUUUGGGAUUCGUUGUCUCGAGUUAUUUCGAUGUAAUAGGGGCUGGGCCGUUGUGAUAAAGGCGAGUUCUCAAA